CACCCCUCACUCCCUCCCCUAUCCCACACACUCACACACCACGUUCAUUCAGAGCCCAGUUUGGAGUCUGAUCACUCACUCUCACUCUCUCUGUCUGGAGCAACAUGCACAGGCUGACCCACUACCGCUUUCUCUUGGUCUGCUUGACUGGAGUGCUGCUGUUGCUACCUCUCUGCUGGGGCCAAAAUGAAUAUGAUGACUACGGUGACACAACGCCGACAUCGGACUACGACUACAAUGCCACCUUUGAAUACACCUUUUUCAGUAACACUAGUACUGAGGACCUGGACAAGUUUCUAAGUGGAAGUGAAGAGGAGGAUGAUAAGGGAGAAGAUAUGGAGGAAGAGGAAGACACAACCUUCUCGACCGCUAUGUCGACCACAGUCAGCAGCAGAGUCACGGCGAAGGGCUCCAGGACCGCUCGUCCUUGUUUGCUGCUGGCCGUGGGUUUAACCGUGCACCACCUGGGCCAACUCCUAUGAGAUGGUCAGGACCAACGACGUUAUAGGACACACACUUAGGAGAUAUCCAUGGAUCUAAGCAUGAAGGCAAGAGCGUGAAAGGACUCUCGGGGACAUUUCACCUCAACACUGUGAACUCAAACCUUCUUAUGUAAAGAACCCCUCAGUCUACGACUGCGCCUCCUCAGGACCUGAAGGCCAAACCGGGGACUCAAACCACAGCUCCCACUGGACAUGUCACUACAACACAUCACCCGUAGUAUUCUAUAGCAGUCAGGAGACGAACAACCACUACAUAGGAUAAAUCACUUCACGUCCUGUUGUUUUUAUGUGUUAAGACGCACGCAACACUGCUUAUGUAGCAAACGCUACCACCGCACCAUAUUCAUAUGGUUUUGCAUCAUUCAGGGAGGUAGCUGAUCUGUGAAGUUGGUACAGGCAAUAUGAAGCUGAUAGAAAGAAAUGCCCAACGACGGUUUAUUAAAGGGCAGAAGGUCUUAGAAGAGAAAGGAGGCCGGUUAAUGAGAGGAUAUUAAAGUGUUGCUCAAAAAGUAAGAAACAGAUUGGAAAUAUCUACAAUCCCAUAGCAACGCUUUGCCCUUCAGGAUGGUCAAUAGUAUUUUUCUUCUGUUUUGGAACUACUUUGAUUCAUGUGGCUUUGUGUUGAGAAAAUGUGUCAUUCUGUUAAUGAAAAGCUCCCAAAAGACCGGUUUGAAAAGAUUGUGAAUCUCGAUACCAUUAGCUCGAAUAUAUCUGAUGUUCCGUUUUACACGUGUUCAUUCCAAGCUUCACUACUUCCCGUGUGUGGCGCAUUUACCCUGGUUUGUCUGUGUUUAGGAUGUAAGAAACAUCACACACAAACAUGGCACAGCAUCCUAAUCUGAGCCAGGCUGUUUACCACACACACAGGCACUUUCCUUAGAAAAUGGCACUUCUGCAUCACCAGUCACCCCCCUCAUAAGGGCCGGUGACCCUCUGCAGCACACUCUUAUUACCAUGUUGUGUUUUCU